AUGGCGGAGGCGUUAAGUGAUCAGAUGUGGAAACAAUUGGCCUUGACUGUGGAGGAGGAGGACUAUGUUAGUGAUGAUGAACCACCGUCACCGGAAAAGGCAACGGCGGAAAGAUUCUGGAUGGUGGGACGCCUUCAUACUGAGAGGCCUUUCAACAAUCAAGCCAUGAUUAGGACUCUUAAACAAGUUUGGCGGCUUGUGAAGGCAGUAUCUAUUAUUGCGUUGGAAAACAAUUUGUUUUUGUUCAAGUUUGCUACAGAAGCUGAUCGCAAUAGGCCAUUGGGUAAACGAAGCUUGGAGAUGGCGGAGAAAAUGGGAAAGAAGAUGGGAACGUUGAUUGCUGUGGAUCCAUCUUUAGAUAUGGAAGGAUGGGCUUGUUUUUUGAGAAAAAGAGUUGAAAUUGAUGUUACUAAGCCACUGCGGAGAGCAAUUCCCAUUGGUAAAUCAACUAAUGGUGUACGGGGUAGACUAGCCUAUGAACGGUUGCCUGAAUUUUGUUUCGGGUGUGGGAGGAUUGGGCACUGUGUAAUUGACUGUGCCGAGAUUAGUGAUGAUCCAGGCCAAAUUCAACAAUAUGGAGAUUGGCUACGAGCGUCGCCAUUAAAGCCAAGGGUUUCAGGUGCAGGUUCUCGAAUCCCUCCAGUUUCGGAAUCAACCCUGAUCAGGAGAGACUUUGCUGUUAAUUUUGACAAGAGCACUGGUUGCCGAAAAGCUUUAUUCCAAGAGGAACAUGGGGAGAGCAGCGGAGAGAAUUCGCCGGUGGGAUCACAAAUCGGAAACAAUGAUAAAAAUGGAAAGUUUUUGAUUGAUGGAGCUUCCUUUGGCGGAAAUCAUGGAAAACGUGUUCUUGAAAAAGGAAAGCUGGAUUUGGAAAUUGAAGAAGAGGCUGGCAGAUUAAAUAGAGCGUUAAUUGUCCAUGAUUUAGGGGUUUCAAAGAUUGAUUUGGUGGAAAAAAUCGUGAACAAAUCAACUGGAGAUGUUGUUGGUGAUUUGGCAAAGGAAGCGGGGAAAAUUGUUCUAAAUAGGAAGGAUUUUCUUGCAUCAGCAUCUAAAGGCCAGGUGGGUCUUAAAACCAAAUUGGGCCGAGACAUUAAUUGUGCAGCUGCAUUGGGCAAGAAAAUAAGUAAAAGAGGAGCGGCUGAUAGUGAAUUUAGUGGGCCUUUAACUUCAAAACAGAAGGUGAAUGUGCUGGAAAGUGAUUCAAUUAGUUCUUUCGGUGUAAGCAACGCUGGUGAAGCUAAGUCUGCUGAUGUUGGGGAAAAUACGAAUGUUGUCCCGCCUGGAGCCAUGAUAGGUGUUGCUUGGAACUGCCGUGGGCUUGGGAACCCAUGGACAGUUAGAGCUCUUCGUGAGCUUAUUCGAAGAGAGCGACCUAAUGUUGUCUUUCUUAUGGAAACGAAGUUACCCGAUUUUAAGCUAGAUAGUAUUAGACGUAGAUGUAAGAUGCAUGCAUGUUUUGGUGUUAGUGCUACUGGAAGGAGUGGGGGUUUGGCUAUGUUUUGGGAUGACUCGGUGGAUUUGCAGUUGAUCAGUUUUUCUCAGCAUCAUAUUGACAUGUGGGUUGAUGAAAAUCAAAGAUUGGCUAAAUGGCGACUCACAGGUUUUUAUGGCGAGGCCGAUACUGGACGCAGGCAUCUCUCGUGGGAUUUAUUGCGUCAAUUUGUUUUACAUGAUGAGAAAAAUUGGUUUUGUUUCGGGGAUUUUAAUGAAUUACUUUGGCAAGCGGAGAAAGAUGGAGGUCGUGAAAGGCCUGAGGCUCAAAUGGUUGCAUUUCGGGAGGCACUUGAUGAUUGUGGCUUGUAUGAUAUUGGUUAUAGGGGUAAUAUGUUCACAUGGAAACGUGGAAUGGGAAAUAAUGAAUUUAUUCAUGAAAGAUUGGAUAGGGGGGUUGCUACUUUUGAGUGGACUUCUCGAUUUCCAACAGCUUGCAUUACUCAUUUGUCUUCAAGUGUAUCAGAUCAUUCUCCAAUAUUGCUUAAUACCGAAGUUAAACAACGAAGGAGGAAGAAACAAUCAUGUAGCUGCAAACAGAACUUUUUUGAAGCCGGAUGGUGCAAAGAAGCAGAUUGUGAAAAGUUGGUUGUUGAUUGUUGGGAAUUUACGGAUGGUUUAGGCCUGCUAGAUCGGAUUGUUCAACUACGAGAUUCCUUGGGGAAAAAAUAUGAUCAGCAAUUUCGAAGUUUAAGGGAACGUAUUGAUGAGCUGUCAAAAAAGUUGAAUAAAAUUUCAGGAGUUGGCGGCCAUGUUAGAAAUAGUGAGGAGGUUGAACUUCGGGAGGAAAUAAAUCGCUUGUUAGAAGAAGAGGAGUCGUUUUGGUUGCAGUGGUCAAGGGUUAAUUGGCUUAGUGAAGGGGAUCGUAACACCUCAUUUUUCCACGCUCAGGCUUCAAAGCGGAGGAAAAAGAAUUCAAUUGAACAAUUAGAGGGUGAGAAUGGUAGGUUGUCUGAUGACCCAGUUGAAAUCCAAGAUAUUGCUUCUGCUUAUUUUAAAAAACUCUUUAUUUCAAGCGGCUCAAAGCACUAUGACGAAAUCCUUGAAGCUGUGAAUCCCUCGAUUACAACAGAGAUGAAUGAACACCUUCUAGCUGACUUCACUGCCGAGGAGAUCUUCACCGCACUAAAACAAAUACACCCAACAAAAGCCCCUGGUCCUGAUGGUAUGCCUGUCUUUUUCUUUAAAAAAUUUUGGCAUAUUGUAGGUAGUGAUGUCACUUCUUUUUGUCUUGAUUUUUUUCAUGGUAACUUAGAUUUGUCUAUUGCUAAUAAAACACACAUUGUUCUUAUCCCUAAAGUUGAUAAACCCAAAAAUAUUACCCAAUUUCGGCCUAUUAGCCUUUGCAAUGUUCUUUACAAGAUAAUUUCUAAAGUGCUAGUUAAUAGGCUAAAGUCCAUCCUUCCUGUCUGCAUUAGUGAGUCACAAAGUGCUUUCGUGCCUGGACGUUUGAUAACUGAUAACAUUCUUGUGGCUUUUGAGUUAUUGCAUUCUUUGAAGCACAGGAAGACAGGAAAACAAGGUUUUUUUGCCUUAAAACUUGAUAUGAGUAAGGCGUAUGAUCGUGUGGAAUGGGACUUUUUGGAGGCAAUUAUGCUUCGCAUGGGUUUUGAUAGGCGAUGGGUGGAGCUCAUUAUGAGGUGUGUCCGAUCUGUUUCGUUUUCAGUAGUUGUUAAUGGGGAUGUUACGGACAAUUUCAAGCCAGAGCAUGGUUUACGUCAGGGAGAUCCUCUGUCUCCGUAUUUAUUUUUGAUGUGUACUGAAGGACUUUCUGCCCUUUUAUCCAAAGGGCAAACUGAUGGUUUAUUGAGUGGAGUUUCUGUAAGUCGUACUGGACCUCGGGUGAGUCAUCUUUUCUUUGCUGACGACAGCUUGUUGUUUGGAAAAGCUAACAGUGCUGAGAGCGGAAAGGUGAAGGACUAUUUAAGGAUUUACGAGGAGUGCUCGGGUCAGAAAAUCAACUUCGAGAAAUCAGUGGUGUUCUUUAGUCGUAAUAUUGCACAAUCUGAUAGGGACAGAGUUAAAGCUAUUUUUGCAGUCGGAGAACAGAGUAUUAUUGAAAAGUACUUGGGCUUACCAACGUUUGUGGGUAGAAACAAGCGAAGUGCUUUUAAUUGGAUCAAGGAACGUAUUGCAAAAAAGAUAGCGAGCUGGAAUAUGAGGUGGUUAUCCCAAGGUGGGAGGGAGGUUAUGAUCAAAUCGGUACUGCAGGCCAUACCCACUUAUGCAAUGAAUGUGUUCGCUUUCCCACAAAAUUUGUGUAACGAUAUUAAUGGUAUGAUUAGUAGAUUUUGGUGGAAGCAACGGAUUGAUCAGAGGCCUAUUUACUGGAUUCCUUGGAGAAAGCUUUGCAAAGCUAAAGAUUUUGGUGGAAUGGGUUUUAGAGAUAUGGAGUUUUUUAAUCAGGCUUUACUAGCAAAACAGGGUUGGAAAUUACUUCAUCAUCCAGAUAGCCUUAUGGCUAGGGUUCUCAAGGCUCGUUAUUUUCCAAGAACAACUUUUUUAGAAGCAAAGGAGGGUUGGUUGCCGUCUUUCACCUGGAGGAGUAUCCUAAAAGGUCGUGACUUGCUUCAAUAUGGUCUACGUUGGAGGAUUGGUAAUGGUAGAUCAGUUCGGAUUCUUCAUGACAGAUGGGUGGCAAAGCUUCCAGGCUUUAUUCCAUUCUCGGGUCAAGGAAAAAUUCCAGAUGAUUCGCUAGUUGCUGAUCUUAUGCAUGAAGUUGGUUUUAGCUGGGAUGGUGACCUUAUUCGGAGCAUAUUUAUAGAAGAAGAGGCGGAGGCUAUUGUUCAGAUUCCAUUGAGCUACAGGUUACAGAAUGAUAUGUUAGUGUGGCAUUUUGAUAAUAAGGGCAUUUAUUCGGUUAAGAGUGGUUAUAGAGUAUUAUGUAAUUUACAAGCUGAAGCAGAGGAGAAUUUGGAGGAAGUUCUUGAUGAUAAACCUUAUUUUCACCGUAUCUGGAAUGCAGAUGUCCCUCCUAAAGUACGUGUUUUCGCGUGGAGACUUUUCUUUGAAGCCCUCCUUGUUAUGGAUUCUCUACAUGCUAGACAUAUGGAUGUUGAUAGAACUUGCUUCAGGUGUAAACAAGAGAAUGAAUCGGUGGCUCAUGCCAUUUGCCUGUGUCCUUUCGCAGCUGAAGUUUGGUGUCAUGUUUCGAAUUUUUUUCUUAAUGAUGACUCAUACCUUUAUGCUGAUAUACAGGACCCUGAUGCUGGUAACUUAGAUCAAAAUCCAGAAUGGUUUCGACUCAGCCUUCUCACUGCUUGGGCGAUUUGGAAUGCGAGAAAUGCUACUUUAUUUGAGGAGAAGUUUUCUCGGUCUAUUGACACUGCUUUAUUUGCGUUCUCCUAUUUCAAGGAAUUCUCGAGAUGUAGAAAAGCUGCAGCUAUUCAGAUGCCCUUCACUUCUCCUUGUUGGAAACCACCUGCGACCAACUUCAUUAAAGUUAAUUUUGAUGGUGCUUUCGAUUCAACUAGACAAAUAGGUGCUUAUGGUCUCAUUGCUCGUAAUUCUGAUGGUCUGGUUCUUGGUGCCUGCUCUGGUAAUAUUUUGAAUGUUUCUGAUGCAUUUGUUGCUGAAAGUUUUGCUGCUGUCCGUGCCUUAAGUUGGAGUCGAGAGAUGGGGUUUAGUGCUGUUGUCAUUGAGGGAGAUGCUUUGAGCAUCAUUCGAAAGAUCAACUCACUUUCACUUGAUUUUUCUCCUGUUGGGGCAUAUGUGAAAGAAGCAAAGAGCUUAAAGGUGUUAUUUAGCAGUUGUGUUGUACAGCAUAUAGGCAGAAACGGUAACUCAGUUGCCCAUGAUUUAGCUAAGCAUGGUUUAUUGUUAGAUGACGAGAUUGUAUGGAUGGAGGAUGUACCACCUUGGUUGCAUGACUCCUUAAAAACUGAUUGUAUUUUCUCUUCUUCUUCUUAA